CGGGACUUCCAUCGCGUUGGGACUUUCAGAUACUGUUCUGUUCCUGAUUUUUUUUUUCCCAGUCGCGUCCGUGACUCGAGAGUGAGCCCAGUUACGAGUGGCUGAGUCUUCAACAUAUUAAUGACAAUGGCGACCAAUGCUACCAAACCGAAGCCGGAGAGACUUCCCAUCACUGUCUCCAAGCCUACCCCGUACACUUUCGAUCUUGGCUACUUGCUUGCCAAUGACCCCAACCCCCUUGAAAUCUCCCGCUCCGAGCCGCUGGAGACCACUUUGAAGGCCACGGCUCGCGACGGCACCCAGUCUCUCCUCAACCAGCUUCUGACGACCUGCCCCAUCACCUCUUCACAGCAGGGUGUACUCCUCGCUCUUCCUACCCCUGCCACCGCUCUUCCCCGCCAUAAGCCCCUGCCAACGCCGAAGCCGCCGACCAAGUGGGAGCUGUUCGCACGCAAGAAGGGUAUUGGCAAAUUCAGCAGCAAGCCUGGCGCGGCUUUGGCUGACAAGGAGCGCCGCAAGAAGCUUGUGUACGAUGAAGAGAAGGGUGAGUGGGUACCUCGCUGGGGUUACAAGGGCAAGAAUAAGAACGAGGAUGAAUGGUUGGUGGAGGUAAACGAGAAGGACUGGAAGAAGGAGGAAGAGGCAGCUGCCAAGGGCAGCUCCAUUCGGGGAAUCUCGCGCGCUGAACGCAAAGACAGGAUACGGCGCAAUGAAAGAAAAAUGCGGUCGAAUGAGCGCAAGUCGAGAAAGGCUGGUGGUGGUUAAGGUAGGCGGAAAAGAUCUUUGCGGUUCGAGAAAGCAUGGUUGUAUCAUUCGAAAUAACCCCUCAUUUGCCUCAUUUCAAGGGGCUUUCUUUAUACGGCGUUCGGUCGGAGUCGCUGGUCCACAGGUCUUGAAUAUCAAUUUGCCUACGUAUACACCUUGUCGUUGGCAUGCCCAC